AUGGAGCUGAGUCUCUCACAAGAUUAUAAGUGUUUGGUGAAAGGGUUGAACACCUGGGAGCUACCAAGUGACCUCAUCCCUUCUGAACUCCUGAUUAUUAGUGAAGCUUCCUUCCCAGUGCUGGUGAAUAAAAAUUACCAGGUGCUCAUUGCUGCUUCCCACUAUGGUCAGGGCCGUAUAGUGGUCCUGUCACAUGAAGGCUACCUGAAGGAUGCCAAAAUGGCUCCCUUUCUCCAAAAUGCUGUGAAAUGGCUUGGGCACUGCGAAGGAUAUACUGUUGGAGUGCACACAUCUGUAGAAUGUCUGGCUAGUAUGCUCUGUGACACUGGCAUUGAUGUGCAGAAUGUUCACCACUUUCAGGACUCACUGAGGGUUUUCUGCACUGAUGCCUUUGACAGCACCUAUGCCAAACAGCUGAUUCAAUUUGUGAAGAAUGGUGGGGGAUUACUCAUUGGAGGCAAUGCUUGGCAAUGGGCAAAAGAACAUGGUCACAAGGUACUAGGCGACUUCCCUGGGAACCAUGUGACUAGUGUGGCUGGCAUAUACUUCACUGAAACCCAAGCAGAUGCCAGUUCUCUUAAGUUCUAUACGAAGAUACCCAAGACUCCCAUCUUGGUCAAGUUUGGGGAGGAGAUCUCCCAAGACCAGCACCAGCUGCUGGAUGGAAUCUCAAAGCUGGACCUCUCAGAGUGUGGGAUUCUCUCUCCACUGUUGGUGCAUGGAGCUUUGGCUUUCCCUCUUGGACUUCAUCCCAACUUUGCCUGUGCUGUGGCAGGAGCUCGCUACGGCAGAGGUCGAGUGAUAGUUCUUUCUCAGGAGGGCUUGCUCUUCUCCUCCAAAUUGUUCCCUUUUCUGAUCAAUGCUGUUCACUGGCUGAAAGGAGACCAAACAGGCAGAAUUGGAGUGAUCCCUGAAUGUGAAAACCUAUUCCAUAAGCUCACUGAUAAUGGCAUGAAAUGUAGUUUAGAAAGCAACCUGACUGCUGACAUGAGCGUUUACUGCUGCAUUGCCUAUGAUGACAGUAAGGCAAAGCAAAUUCUGGAGUUUGUGGCAGAAGGAGGAGGGUUACUGAUUGGAGGCCAAGCCUGGUCAUGGUCCCAACAAAACCCAACCAAGUGUGUUUUGACUGGCUUUGCUGGCAACCACAUCCUCAAUCCCUUUGGCAUAUCCAUCCUUAGUCAGGGUGUAAAGAAGGGCCUGUUGUUUGAUUGUCCUGAGCCUGGGCAAAAAAGCUAUCACUUCCGCUUAGCUAUGGCCAACUUCUUUGAGGAGGUGAAAAAUAAGAGUGGAAAGUUCCUGAGGCAUUGGCAAGGGAAGCUCAUCAAGGAUUAUUCAGCCUUCCUGUGGAUAUCUACGAGAGAAACCCCCAUCUAUGACUCUGUACAUCGAAUGUUAAUGAAGGUGAUAAAGAAAACUAAGCUCCCCAUUGUCAACAGUCACGAACCUUUCUUCAAAUACUUCUGUAAAAGCAUUCUGCUCUGCCUGGCCUCUGAACUGGCCUAUGUCAGAAUGGAUUUUGCUUCAGAAAUCUACAAAUCAGGGGACCCAACUUCCAUCUUUCAUUCAUACUCAUCAGCAGCUUCUGUCAACAAGGAGAUGAAUCUCACCAGUCACAGUAAGAAUGGGUCAUUGGUACAAAUUGGCUGCCACAGUGAUGACUUGACUGUGUAUAAUAAGACAGCCAGAGCACCUGUAGUUGUUUACCAACAAUACUUGGAUAAACCAUAUAACUCAAUCUCCAGCCUCUGGGGUGGCCUUCUCUACAUUAUUGUGCCCCAUGGCUGUUCCUUGGGAAAUACAUCUGUCAAUUUUACUGGAGCUGUACCUGCCCCUUACUUCAUACUUGGAAAGACAUCAGUGGAGGAAUGGAAGAAUUCUAUCCGCCACUAUCCAGUGCCAUGGGGGGAGUUACAGGCAGAGAGUAUUAUCUUGACAGUGCCAGCUGAAAAGCUACAACAUCUAGAGAACCCCGAGCCAGUGCUCCACCUCUGGAAUGAGAUGACAGAAGCCAUAGCCAAACUUGGAGGCAAGACCAGCCCCUUUCCUCGACAUGAGAGAAUUGUGACUGAUGUGCAAAUCUCAACAGGUUGGAUGCAUUCAGGGUACCCUAUCAUGGGCCACCUAGAUAUUGUGGAUUGCCUGCUCUCUGAAGACAAAAUAAGGAAAAAUGGCUUAUGGGUCCCCCUCCAAGAGCUAGGACGUAAUCAACAAUGUAAUGCCUGGGAGUUCCCCCACCAUACCACUGAUGCCACGUGCAACAUCUGGACUGUCUAUGUGCAUGAGACAGUUCUGAACAUCUCCCGUAAUGAUGCACACCCUGCAUUGAAGCCUAAAGAACGGCAAAAGAGAUUAGAAGAAUAUCAGAAAAAUGGGGCUUCCUUGUCAAAGUGGUAUGGUUGGACAGCCCUGGAGACAUAUCUGCAGCUACAGGAAGCUUUUGGCUGGGAGCCUUUCAUCCAAGUCUUCAAAAAGUAUCAACAACUGUCUGGAGUGCCUGGGGACAAUGACAGCAAAAUGAAUGUGUGGGUGAUUAAAUUCUCUGAGCAGGUGCAGAAGAAUCUGGUUCCUUUCUUUAAGGCCUGGGGCUGGUCUGUUCAGAAGGAAGUGGCUGCUACCAUUGCCCAUCUGCCUGAGUGGAAGGAGAACCCCAUGAAAAUGUAUUGCCAUGAGAAUUAA